CAAACAUGUCAAGUACUUGUCCAUACUUUGAUAUUGCUGUCGUAAGCUAUAAAUCUAAUUGAAACACGAAUUUAUUUAACUUUAGCCUAAUUUAAAGAUUAAUUCAGAACAUUUUUGUCUCAACAUGACAAACAUAUAUGUAGAAUUUGUUAACCCAGACUAUUUACCAGUUGAAAAAUUAACACUCUCUGUUUCUAAUGACGGUGUUGUACAAAACAUUAAAGCUUUGGAUACAUACUGGGUGGAGAAGAGAAAAUUUCCUCCAUAUGAAAGGCCACCUUCCAGCAGCAACCUUGUGCUAGGAGCAGUUGAUGCUUGGAUUAUGAAGAUGAAAGUAUAUCUAGAGGAUCUGAAGUUUCUGCUGGCAUUACCACAUCAUAGGUUUUGGAGUACAAUAUUAUAUCACACAAGUUGUAUGGAUGCAUUAGUGUCGUUCCUGCAAGAGGCCAGUCCCCCAUACAUGCCUCCGCACGAGAACAAAGAUGUACAGAAAUUGUAUGAGGAAAUCAGAAGACUGGUUCUUAUUAUUUUUAGUAGACUAAUUACGAACAAAGAAAGUAAAAUAUGUUGGAUGAGCAAAGAAUAUAUGGCAUCAUUGGUAUAUGACAGGUUUGUGUUCACAGUGCCAGUGAUAUGGGAUAUAUGUCUGACGUAUGGUGUUGACAACCAGCAACAUGUGGCUCGGCUAUUAGAUGCUGUGUUCAGGCUACAGCCGCAGUAUGAAAGAGACACAGCUGCGGCUAUAGCAUUCGUAAAAGAGGCUUUCAAAUACAUAAUACUUCAAGUAAAUAAAGACUACGACAGUGAUGAACCGCUUAACCUUCCUGAAACUUUCAAAGGCUUCAGCGAAAUUAGGCGGCCCUCAGGUAGCACUAAAGACAAGCUGACGCAAGACGUCCUUCAGGACCUCGUCCUGCAUGUACUGGACACCGCGCUCACGCUCAGGAUAUUUAUAGAGACAUACCCCAAUGCGGUGCACAUAUACAGGAAAACUAAUUUAAUUUUAACUAUAGUCCAGCUGUACGAGUACGGCAUACCGCAGCUGUACGAGCGGCUGGGGGCGGGGCAGACAGCGCAUGGGGCGGGGCCGGGGGCGGGGCAGACUGAGGGGCACCUAGAGCUGGCUCGCGCUGAGCUCAUCAACAUACUCAGAGAGAUGCUGGCCGUCUACAAGAACAAUAUAUUCAGUGGCGAAGGUAGUAUAGCAAGUCAUGUGGAAGACUUUCUUUCGCUGGUUCUGGAGGUGCUGGCGGAGAAGCUGCUCAUCAGAGACUAUCACCUCUGCUACCCGCUGAACGACGACCUGGAGCUGCUGCGGCAGGCCUACCCCGACAUUGAUACAGUGAAAACAGAUUUUAUAUUACAAGCGAUAUAUUCUAAUUUAGAGGAGCCUUUACCUGACGAUAUAUUAAUAAAUAACGCGAAUUUAACAAACGGCCAUGUUGAGAGCGCAGACAGUGAGCAGCGCGCGCUGCCCGCUCCGACCAUAGACAACGAGAUACCAGAUAAUAUAAGAGAGGAAUCCUUAAUUACUGAAGUUAAAGAUAUUCUGCCACAUUUAGGAGAUGGUUUUAUAUUGAAAUGUUUACAACAUUACGGAUUUAAUGCAGAGAGAGUUAUUAAUAGCUUAUUAGAAGAUAAUUUGGCAGAACCCUUAAAAGCACUAGACCGGUCCCUGCCCAUCAUCCCCGCGGACGUGGUAGACCAGAAGUUCCUGGAGACGGGCAUCCAGCGCCUCAACGUGUUCGACGGCGACGAGUUCGACUUGAUGACGCGCGACGACGUCGACCUCAGCCGCGUGCACCUCGGCAAGCGCCGCGCACACCACAAGGACCUCGCGCAGCUGCUCGACGACAAGGCCCACGUCAGGACCAGCCGCGAUAUCUACGCUAAGUACAGCCUGGUGUGCGACGAGGUGGCGAUGUACUCGGACGAGUACGACGACACGUACGAGGCGGAGGCGCCGCACGUGUCGGAGGCGGAGGCGGAGGACGCACGUCGCCCCUUCGUGACGCCGCGGGUGCUCGCGCAGAGACCAGAGACUGAAUCAGAGGAAGAAGAAGAGGAGACGCAGAAGGAGCAAGAAGUAGCGAGUGCAAGUAGGAAUAAGCUAGACUUCUGUGUGAACCCCGAGGAGGUGCGCGCGCGGCGCGAGGCGGCGUGGCAGGCGCGGCGCGGCGCGGCGCGGGGAGCGCGAGGAGCGCGUCAGCCGCCACGAAACAUGGACGUGGUGGGCAAGGCGCGGGGCCAGGGUCAGGACAAGGAGGUGGUGGCCAACAGGGAGCGCAAGGAGAAGCACAAGUCCUCUCGCGCCAACCACAACCGCCGCCAGGGCGCGCAGGCCAAGCGCAGCCGUGCCAUGGUGCCCUCCUAGCCACGCCACACACCCACCCCAAUGCCACACCACAUUGCCACACCUGUCGGCCAAUGCCACACCUGUCGGUCAAUGCCACUUUGUUAUUUAUUGAACCAUUGUUAUUGAUAAUUGAAAUGUCACGAAAACAAUAAAAUGUCCUCCAUAGAGUAAAUAAAAAACCAUAGAUUACACCUAACAUGUCCAAUAAUGACAAUGUCUAUGGUGACUGAAAUAACCGACGACUUUUAGAAAUGCCUUAAAAUAAUAACACAAUAACAUUUUAUACCUUUUGUAUGCAUAUAGAAGUUUUUUGCCUUAUUGCAAAUGCACAAUAAAAAUACUAAUGUACAAAUACACAGAUAUAUUAAAACUAUCGGUUUAUAUACUGACAACUUCAUUAUACCUGUUAUUGUUAAAAAUAACUAACAAUUCAAAUCCAAUUGAAAUACGUAAAUUUACAUUUGUUGACUUUUAACAAUUGUACAAUUUACAAUAUUUAGGGUCUGUUCCACUAUUAUAAAUAU